AUGGCGGCACAAAACGAAAUUCAAGAAGAAUUUCCAGACCUUCCUGAAUUAGUGCAUGUGCCAAAGCCAAUUACUAAAAAUACAAAUGACGACAAUAAGGUUGCACCAAAUAACGACAAAGAGAAUGAGCCUGAAACUGAACACUCGAAAGAGAAGGACAAUGAAGAUGCUAAAGAAAGUCGUAAAGUAACGGUCGUGGACUGCGAAGAAACCGAAGAUAACGAUAUCAAGAAUAACGAAGAACAGGCAGGAGAAAAGAGCGGUUCUACUAAUGUGACUUCGGAAACCAAUGAAAACACUACGUCCAUUCAAUUCGAUGAAAUUGGUCCACGCGAUGAAGAUGCAGAUCGUGUUUACGAUCUUUCGAAGCCAAUUUCUCAACGUGUUGAGAUUGCCGUUCAAAGAUAUAAAAAGAAUCGUAAGUUUAACGCGGUUCGGAAUCAAGUGUUUGAAUCCUAUAUGCGUUUCGGUGGCAUCGAGACGGGCCCCAAAGCAUUUCAGGGACAAGGAGAUGAAGAAGAUGGUGAAGCUGAUGCUGAGGAAAUUAGAGAACGUCGUGCUGUCAACUUCGUUGAAGAAGAUCGUGUCGAAGGCAUGGAAGUUGAUUUUACUUACACUGUGACAGUUUAUCUCUCAAGUUAUCUGAUUGACAAAUCUGGUUAUGUAUAUAUGGAUCAGUUUGUCGAGGCACCCAUAGUUGUAAUUUCUUUCAUUAAUUACCUCGUGAAUCAGAGAGUAUGCCCGGAAUAUAACGAUGAUAUGCAACGAGCCUUGACUAUCGCGAAACAAGCAAAAAUAGAGCUGCCAUUAUGUAAACGUUUGGCUCAACUCACACCUGGUAGAUUCAAUAAAGCUUGUUCAUUAUUGUUUGGCGGAGAACUAUUUGGUUUGCUUGAUGAUCCUUGGGAAGGUGAAGAGAAAGCUGCUAAAAUGCUUGGAAUCUCAAUGUCUGAGGCCAAAUCGAUAUUUAGAGAAGUGACAGGUCAGGAACAUGCAGCUGUUAAUCUAAAUAAUAAGAUGACAAGAAUAUCAGAAGAGAUGGAUGUAAUUGAUAUUGACUCUCAUCCUAUUUCAACACCAUUCGAUCCUAAUGUUAGUAAUAGUACACAGGACAAUUCUACACAAAACAAUUCUGAGAAUGACCAUGAUACUACCAAUCCUACAUCAACUAUUCCCAUAGAAAAUGGCGCCAACUUUGAAAAUGUUGCACCUAAUUCAUUAUAUAGAAUUUAUGUUCGGAAACAUGAUCAUCCCGAAAGUGUACUGAUACCAAUUUUGAUUGGCCCGGAAUUAGCUAAAAACGUUAUACGAGGCAUGUUUAUAACUGCCGAUUUUUAUCAGCUCAAUAAUGGAGUUUGGUACUGGGAUAGAGUUACGAAUGUUUACCCAACAUAUUUCCUCCAGGGCGAUCCCGAUUCUGAUGACGAUGAAUAA